AUAUAGAUGACCCAUAUUACGCUUUUCCUGGCCGUGGUGGCCAUGGCUGUCUUCCUCGCCACGCCGACUCUUGGCUAUCCGGCCGACUCGACAACGUGCAAGCUGCUGUGCGACGCCAAGGACGGCAACAACGACCUCAAGUGCUGCACGGCCUCUGAUUUUGGCCACAAGUGCGUGUACGGCAACUGGGCCAUCGACGUCAAGGACGAUUCCGGAAACACGUGCGAUGUCAAGCUCUCGGGUGCGGGCAUUGCCUUUACCAUCGGCAUGGUUGUGCUCGGCAUCGCAUGCAUCACUGGCGGCGUCUGCUGCUGCUGCCACUACUGCUCAUGCUGUCCGAUCAACAAGCGGAAGCGUGCGCGCGAGGAGGCUCGGCUCCGGCUACUUGGCCAGCCUGGGUACGGUGGCGCACCGGCGCCGGCGUACGGCUACGGGAGCUACGGUCAGGCCCCACCGCCGGGCCUGCCGGCGUACAACCAGCAUGCCGUCCCUUCUGCCGGCCCGGCGUACACCCCGCAGUCUGCCUCUAUUGAGAUUGAGAUUGAGAUUGAGAUCGAGAUCGAGAUCGAGAUCGAGAUCAAGAUAAGGAUCAAAAUGACCCAUAUUACGCUUGUCCUGGCCGUGGUGGCCAUGGCUGUCUUCCUCGCCACGCCGACUCUUGGCUAUCCGGCCGACUCGACAACGUGCAAACUGCUGUGCGACGCCAAGGACGGCAACAACGACCUCAAGUGCUGCACGACCUCUGAUUUUGGCCACAAGUGCGUGUACGGCAACUGGGCCAUCGACGUCAAGGACGAUUCCGGAAACACGUGCGAUGUCAAGCUCUCGGGUGCGGGCAUUGCCUUUACCAUCGGCAUGGUUGUGCUCGGCAUCGCAUGCAUCACUGGCGGCGUCUGCUGCUGCUGCCACUACUGCUCAUGCUGUCCGAUCAACAAGCGGAAGCGUGCGCGCGAGGAGGCUCGGCUCCGGCUACUUGGCCAGCCUGGGUACGGUGGCGCACCGGCGCCGGCGUACGGCUACGGGAGCUACGGUCAGGCCCCGCCGCCGGGCCUGCCGGCGUACACCCAGCAUGCUGCGCCCGCUCCAGCGAUGAACAAGGCGUAG